AUGACCCAGACACACUCAACCGUUGCCUACACGUGCUCCAUUGGUGCCUACAUGUGCUCCACUGGUGCCUACACAUUCCCCACAGUUGCCUACAAGUGCUCCACCGGUGCCUACACCUGCCCCACUGCCGGGACGUGCUCCACCGGUGCCUACACAUGUUCCACUGGUGCCUACCCCUGCUCCACUGGUGCCUGCAUGUGCUCCACUGGUGCCAACACAUGCUCCACUGGUGCCUACCCAUGCUCCACCGGUGCCUACACAUACUCCACUGGUGCCUACCCCUGCUCCACUGGUGCCUACAUGUGCUCCACUGGUGCCAACACAUGCUCCACCGGUGCCUACCCCUGCUCCACUGGUGCCUACAUGUGCUCCACUGGUGCCUACAUGUGCUCCACUGGUGCCUACAUGUGCUCCACUGGUGCCUACAUGUGCUCCACCGGUGCCUACACAUGCUCCACCGGUGCCUACAUGUGCUCCACUGGUGCCUACAUGUGCUCCACCGGUGCCUACAUGUGCUCCACUGGUGCCUACAUGUGCUCCACUGGUGCCUACAUGUGCUCCACUGGUGCCUACUCCACCGGUGCCUACAUGUGCUCCACUGGUGCCUACAUGUGCUCCACUGGUGCCUACACAUGCUCCACCUGUGCCUACAUGUGCUCCACUGGUGCCUACAUGUGCUCCACUGGUGCCUACAUGUGCUCCACUGGUGCCUACACAUGCUCCACCUGUGCCUACAUGUGCUCCACUGGUGCCUACAUGUGCUCCACUGGUGCCUACAUGUGCUCCACUGGUGCCUACAUGUGCUCCACCGGUGCCUACACAUGCUCCACCGGUGCCUACAUGUGCUCCACUGGUGCCUACAUGUGCUCCACUGGUGACUACAUGUGCUCCACCGGUGCCUACAUGUGCUCCACUGGUGCCUACAUAUGCUCCACCGGUGCCUACAUGUGCUCCACUGGUGCCUACAUGUGCUCCACCGGUGCCUACACAUACUCCACUGGUGCCUACCCCGGCUCCACUGGUGCCUACAUGUGCUCCACUGGUGCCUACAUGUGCUCCACCGGUGCCUACACAUGCUCCACCUGUGCCUACAUGUGCUCCACUGGUGCCUACAUGUGCUCCACUGGUGCCUACAUGUGCUCCACCGGUGCCUACACAUACUCCACUGGUGCCUACCCCGGCUCCACUGGUGCCUACAUGUGCUCCAAUGGUGCCUACAUGUGCUCCACUGGUGCCUACCCCUGCUCCACUGGUGCCUACCCAUGCUCCACUGGUGCCAACACAUGCUCCACUGGUGCCUACCCAUGCUCCACUGGUGCCUACACAUACUCCACUGGUGCCUACCCCGGCUCCACUGGUGCCUACAUGUGCUCCACUGGUGCCUACCCAUGCUCCACUGGUGCCUACCCCGGCUCCACUGGUGCCUACAUGUGCUCCACUGGUGCCUACCCCUGCUCCACUGGUGCCAACACAUGCUCCACUGGUGCCUACAUGUGCUCCACCAGUGCCUACACAUACUCCACCGGUGCCUACCCCUGCUCCACUGGUGCCUACAUGUGCUCCACCUGUGCCUACCCAUGCUCCACCUGUGCCUACACAUACUCCACUGGUGCCUACACGUGCUCCACCGGUGCCUACACAUGCUCCAGGUGCUGGUGUAUUGAUUCUAUCGGUAUGGCUGAGAGGGUGCCUGGCAGGCGGGACAAGUUCAACAGUCAGUGA